UGCUCUUUAUCUCUACCUGUAAUGUAUUUUGGGAUGUUUUGACUUGCAGUCCCAAGGCUUCCGCAGCCACUGAGUUUAAAUCUCCAACCGUUCCUGGAGAGCAUCCAACCCUGACGGGAAAAACCGCGUCCCUUGGCAGGGCUGUGUGUGCCCACACGCACGUGAGCACCUCCCACCCGGCACACCUGUGGGGUACAGGGGGGACGUGCUGGGGGCCCAGAGAGCCCCAAGUGCCCUGUGUGUGCCACAUGUUUGCCUCCAUUCCCAACAGCCUGGGAAGCACUGUCUGGUGCUUCCUGGUGAAGUUUCUCCUCACAGAGCAGCUCCCUGGGACACUGUGUUUUCCCCAGGGCUGAGCCUGCUCUGGGUCCUGGGGGAACGUCUGGUUUCAUGGUCUCAGAGCUGAGGGAAAUCCACAGGCUUUCCAAACUCCUGGCAUGCUCCAUGCCAUGCUCAGCGGCUCAAGGCUAGGCAGGGUGCUGACACCCUAAAUUGCUGCUCUUGGGCAUUCAUGGGAGGCAGCUGAAGCCAGGCUGAGCAGGAGCAGUAGCACUCGGCCCAGGAUUUGGCUGGUCAUCCAGAGCCUGCUGCUCUGCUCCACCCUCAGCUCUCCAGGGCACUGCCAAGGCAUGGAGGGGCUGUGGGUGCACGGUGUCCUGCUGCUCUGCCUGCUGCUGUCCUGCCCUGUGGGGAGCCAGACUGGACCCAGUCCCGACCAGCAGUGGUGGACAGAUGCUGAAGAGGCCCCAGCCCGGCACCAAGCUGCCAGGGCCACACGGGAGCAGAAGGCUGAUGGUGCCCAGGAGGGGCUGCCCCCACGGCCCCGCUGUGUCCGCUGCUGCCCCCCACCCGACCAGUACCAGCCUCUGCCUCAGAUCAACAUGACCAUCCUGAAAGGGGAGAAGGGGGACCGUGGCGAGCGUGGCAUCCAGGGCAAGUUUGGCAAGACGGGGGUGGCCGGCAGCAGGGGCCACGCAGGGCCCAAGGGACAGAAGGGCAGCAUGGGCGCCCCGGGGGAGCGCUGCAAGAGCCACUAUGCCGCCUUCUCGGUGGGCCGCAAGAAACCCCUGCACAGCAAUGACUACUACCAGACCCUCAUCUUCGACACGGAGUUUGUCAACCUCUACAGCCACUUCAACAUGUUCACGGGCAAGUUUUACUGCUAUGUCCCUGGGAUCUACUACUUCAGCCUCAAUGUGCACACCUGGAACCAGAAGGAGACCUACCUGCACAUCAUGCACAACGGGGCAGAGGUAGUGAUCCUCUACGCCCAGGUGAGUGACCGCAGCAUCAUGCAGAGCCAGAGCGUCAUGCUGGAGCUGCGGGAGCAGGACGAGGUCUGGGUGCGGCUCUACAAGGGCGAGCGUGAGAACGCUGUCUUCAGCGAUGAGUAUGACACUUACAUCACCUUCAGUGGCCACCUCAUCAAGUACAGUGGAGACCCCUGAACACCAGCCCCCCCCAACUCCUUCUGCACCAGGCCGGGUGGCCAAGGAGCCCCUGUGCCCUCUCAUCCUGGGCAUGCCACCCCCAUUAUGCUGUUAGCCACCCACCCUUCUGCUACUACCCUCAGCACCUGCCUCAGUGUGUGAAUUCCCCCACUCCAGCUUCUUGAGACUGAUCAGAUGCACCUGGCGGAGCUGGAGCCAUUUCCAGCCUCUGCCACAUUUGUGGCUGGGAAGCAGCUGCUCACCUGGGGUGGGCAGGGAGCUCCUUCCACCUGCUCCAUAGCCGGGUUUGCUGGGCAGAGCCCCCUGUGGCACUGGCUGAGCUGGCACCAGGGGAACAGCAUGACUGCUGGUGCCCUGGUGCAAGCCAGCGCAGACACGUGCACUGUGUUCCUCCCUCCAUGCACCAUGCUGUGUUCCCUGCCUCGAAUGGGCAGAAGGUGCUCAGCACCAUCAGGAAAAGCAAUGAACCACUAAGGGCCCCCUUUCCUUCUGCAGAGCUGGGGGCCAGUGGGGCAGGCGUCGCAGCAUGGGGCUGGGUGGGAAUGGAUUGCAUCAGUUCCCUCUGCAGGUCCCGUCACUGCUCGCCACAGCCUCUGCUGGGGAGGGGCUGGCUCCCCACCGGCAGCCCUGACAGAACCUUUGGCCUCAGCCACUUCCUCUUCCGUUAGAUUAUCUGAUGGCCAGGCUUCUUGUUUGUGUAGAUGCCGCAGUGGUGUGGGGCAGCAUUCUGACCUCCCUGUACAGCUCAUGCUACAUUAAACACCCCACGUUUCCAGCCUUGCUCACA